GUGCUCUCAGCUUCAUCUUUCUCAUCACAGUAGACAACCGUCAUUCUACCAUCCUUUUAUUUUUUUUAUUCUAUUUCACAAACCAUCCUCUUCUCACAAGGACAACUUUACGCAGACACAGUUAUCAAUGGGCGCAUGGACUGUUCUCCAGGAGAGGCAAGCAAUGCUUCUCGAUCCAGCUAUUAGGGACUGGGUCUUGUUGCCUAUUAUGUUGGUGAUGGUUCUCGUUGGUGUUGUUCGUCAUCAAGUCACCGUCCUCUUGAACGGGCCUCCUAGGAAAGCCGACCUCAAGUCUGCUCGUGAAACUAAGGGCCUUCAGAGAGGCAGUAUCCUUCGUGCGCACGGAAAUCACUUGCCCGAGUACGCAUUCGAGGCACGUAAGGCUUACUUGACAGAGGCCUUCGAGAAGGGCACAUAUUUGAAGGAUCCAAAAGCAGGAAACAAACCCAAGGGCAAUGUGAUGCAGGAUCCAGCCUAUGUUGAGACUAUGAUGGAUGGCAUGAAGAAGAACAUGAUGAACAUUGUUCCUCAGACCGUGAUUAUGGGCUGGAUCAACUUUUUCUUUUCAGGAUUUGUUUUGAUCAAGUUGCCGUUCCCACUGACAAUCCGCUUCAAGAGCAUGUUACAGCGCGGAAUUGAGACACAAGAUAUGGAUGUCAGUUGGGUAUCAUCUCUUUCUUGGUACUUCCUUAACUUGUUCGGUCUUCAGAGUGUCUUUACUCUUAUCCUUGGUAGUGGACAUGCUGCGGAUGCCAUGCGUGAUAUGCAAGCAAUGUCAACCAUGGGCAUGGGUCCCGCUGCUGGUCCUCAGAUGAGUCCAACGGGUCAACCCCAGGAUAUGCACAAGAUCUUCUUGAGUGAGAAGGAAAACAUCGAGUUGACAGAGCAUGAGUGGGGACUGAAUAAUGUUGAGACCCGUUUGUUGGUCAAGUAUGGAAAGCUCCCCCGUUCUAUCCUAGUGGAUCAGAAGAAGGCAAAAGCUGCUGCUACAAGUGUCAGUGGCCCAUCAACGUCAUCCUUAUCAUCUUCAUCACCGGCAGCCGUUGCAGCAGCAGCGGCCGCUGCGGGAGGAAAAAAGAAGGGAAGAAGACAAGCUUAAAGAUACUGCUGGAGAAUGGAUUAAAAAACAAGAAAAAAAAAAAAAUGACGAC